AUGGAGAAUCCAUCAUCGGAUCAUCAAACUCCUGAUACUUCCUCCAUUCCUCCUCCAGUUGACGGCGAACUUCGCCACGAUCACGCCGUCGUUACCGAACUUGUCGAGCAACAGCAUCCCGGAGUUGAGUUGAAAGCAGAAAUUUCUGAGGAAGAAAUGAAAGGCACAUUAGAAGCAAUAGCAUCUACCGGGAAGUUCUGGCAGGACUGGGAGAAACUAAAGGGAAUGCUAUCGUGUUGGUUGAAGAAGGUUCUGUCAGAAUAUCCUGAGGCAAAAAUGACGGCCGAACAACAAAAGGAAGCCCUAGGAGAAACAUACUCAGAGCUGGUUAGUCGAUUGGAUGAAGCCCUUCUUAGCUUUGAUGAAGGCCCUCCAUUUACACUGCAGAGGCUCUGUGAGAUCCUUUUGGCUGCAAGGAGCAUCUACCCAAAGCUCUCAAAGCUUGCUCUUGCAUUAGAAAAAAACCUGUUGGUUACUUCUGUGUUAGCCAUCAGUACGGAUUCACAAUCACAAACUACUGAGAGCGCAAACUCAGCAACUGAAGACACCAAAACGGCUGUAGCAAAUUGGGCACCAAAUGGAGUUGAAGCAAUGGGAGGAGGCGAUAAGGAUGAGAUAAUGACAGAGGUAGAAGAAGCAGAUGUUGAUGACGCGAUGACUAUUGACAUGGAAACGAUCGAUGAACCAUCAGAGACAAUGACCACCACGAGUGAGAGUGAGACGUCAAGUGAGAACAGUUAA